AUGAUCACGACGACUACUGCGUCUACUGCGAACGGCCCAUGCACUAGACCUCUUCCUCUUCCCCCAGUCAAGCCAACGACAUAUGCGCAAGCAAGAAAUCUCGCUCAGCAGUAUCCUGAACACGCGGCUGCCAUCCUACGGGCUCCCUUGGGAAGCCAGAAUACUCUGUUAGCGCCGCGCACAUACGCUCAGGCGAGGAACCUCGCCGCCGCGCAGCCUGAACAUGCUUCAGAGAUACUGUCCCGCCCGCUGGCCUCCAAUCCGCCCGAGAAGCCGUCUAAGGAUGUCGUCGUCUCGUCGAUCAACACACGUACAAAGCCUCGUUCUCCCUUCCGUAAUCCAGUCCGCCGUACCAACUCGACCCACCCUCGCCCUACCAGCAAGAAGCCUGCUGGUCCGCGUUUUCAGACACAACCUCGGAGGCAGGGUCAGACGGAGAACGAGAGCCCUGUGCGUCUCUCGGACGACAAGAAAUCACGCCCGUCUACCACCGCAUAUGACAAGGCGGCGACUUCAGACGUCGUGACGUCUAGUGAUAACACAAAGAGCACCCGAUCGGACGAUACCGCGCAAGUCCUCGUGUCGAAGUCCGAGAUAUGGAUAGGAGAGACCGCAGUAGUCCCCGCUGUGAAGCUGCCGGCACUUCCGGCCAUUACUUCUCCUAUUGUCGGCGUCGUCGAAGCCCCGUGGGACACCACUACUGCCAUUUUCUCUGUCAUGCAGGACGAUCCUAUUGGCUCUUCCGACACAUCGAAUGCGCUGAUGUCUUUCGCUACGACUGCGAACGAUGUAUCAAUGACUUCCCAAUUGGUCGUCAACGAUGUCGCAGCUCUUGAAAAGCAUAUCGAAGGAGGAGAACGUGCUCGGGUCUCCGUCGGCAACGGUCUUGCGCACCCGGUGGAUAUCUCGCAUUACGUCGAUGAGAACGCCGUCGCCCCGAUCCUCGCACCCUCUUCGAGCCCUAUUGUUCCCUGCACCUCCCAGCCGCCUUCAUCUUUAGUCCCCGCUACCGCUGUCUGCGCCAGACUCGCACUACUCGACCUGAAUGAACAUGAUGUUCGCUCGUUCACCAAAGAGCUUCGCCCGUCCACGCAUUCUGUCGUGGUAGACGCCUUGUUGCCUGUAAGAGGACCGACCAGUAUCGCAGCCUCUACCGAUGCGAAUCAUAGCAUCGGUUCGGCAUCCGACGGGAAACCCGCCGUCUUCACCGACGACCAGACAGUCCAUUCGCCGUUGUCGCCUUCUUCGCUGCGCAUUACGCCCACUCGCCGCAAGUCCGCGCUGGAACUCGCGUCCGCGAUUGCGGCACAGAAACCAAGGAGACUCCAACUGCAGGGGACGCCACCCCACACCACCGUAGACCGCCUGAGGCUUGCCAUCGCGGCGGAGCGCGCUCUGAGCAGGCGUCCCGACCUUGCGGCCCGUAUCAACACCGCCUUUGCCUCGGCGUCAGCCGCACCGGCUGUCGUUGAGGCACCCAUCGCGUCUUCUAUGCGCUUCGUACGCCCCGCUCCGCAGUACGCCUUCAAGCGCUCUCAUCCCAACAACAUAAGGACCGCGCCCGCCGCUUCUGUGCGCAGUACUUCCCAGCUCAUCACUCCAAGGGCAUCGCGCGCGCCGAAGACGCCCUACGGCGAGCUCCUUGGCUAUGUCGAGGUAGAUGCGUGGUGA